AAGCAUAAAUGUCUGUAUCUAAGAGGUCUUGUUUCUGUGCAACAGGGGUCUGUGGAAUUUUUGUGCUCCUACAAAGGCUGUAAAAGUUGAAACAACUCUAGAUUCCAUCAGCGAGAGCAUUUAGAAGCACCGGCGUAUACAAAAGCAUGCCUUGCAGGCAUUUUUGGUAAGAAUAUCUAUCAUCAGAGACACUCUUUCACAAGGACAAAGGGGAGAUGGGAGCUACGGGGGAGGAAAAGGUCCCAAGCUCGGCCAAUGACGAAGCAGCCCCCCUGCUCUCUUUUAAAUAUGUUACUCCUCCUCUAAACUUUUCCUGCCUGGCUUGUGGGCUGAUUGUGGUGACUUUACGGUGAGCCAGGGACGAGUCUCUGUGUGUUUGGUGUGGAUUACUGUAGAGGGCAUGUCAGGAUCCUGUUUGAAUUGCUGAAUUGACUGGAAGUGAACGUGAUGUCUGAGCUGAGGUUUUGGCUGUGCCUCUAUAUUGUGGUGUGCUUGAGCAUACACCACACACAUGGCUGGUUCUGGAAUGAUAACUCGAAUACGAAGGGCACGCAGACACCCGCCUACCUGACAACCAUAAGGCCCACAUCCCAACCGAGGACAGAACAGACCAGGAAAGCAGAAGAAAGUGGAGUGUCACUGUUACAGUUAAUUGGCGAUCCUCCACCUGAUGGCGUCUCCAAAGUCUUUGAUAAUGAUAACGGCCCGAGCUAUGUGUUCGGCCCGAACUCCAAUGUGGGACAGUCAGCUGCGGCCCACCUGCCCAACCCUUUCUACCGUGACUUCUCCCUCAUCUUCAACAUAAUGCCCAUAUCCACCAAGCCUGGCGUCAUCUUCUCCAUCAGUGACCCAACCCAGAACAUCAUGUAUGUUGGUGUGAAGCUGUCGGCAGUGGAGAGGGGCAAGCAGAACAUUAUCUUCUACUACACUGAGCCUGACUCGCAGAGUUCAUACGAGGCGGCCAGAUUCUCCGUGCCCUCCAUGAUGAACACCUGGACCCGGUUUUCCAUCAGUGUUUUGAAUGAGCAGGUUUCCCUCUACUUCAAAUGUGACUCAGAUCCUCAAGUCAUCAAUUUCGAGCGAUCCCCGGAUGAUAUGGACCUGGAUGCCGGGGCCGGAGUGUUUGUUGGCCAUGCCAGUGGAGCAGACUCCGAUAAGUUUUUGGGUCGUAUUGGUGAUCUGAGGGUGGUGAGAGACCCUGGGGCGGCUGAGCGGCACUGUGAAGAGGAUGAGGAUGACUUUGAUGCGAAUCUGCAGGGAUCAGGUGAUUAUGGAGCAAGUGGAGAUGGAGACAGACCACCAUCAGUCCAGCUGACACCUCCCUCCUCUCGGCCGAUCCAGCAGCCACCGGUGACCAGCAGUGAGAAGCAGCAGACAGGUUAUGUUGGUGCAAGAGGAGAGAAAGGAGAAAGAGGAGAGAAGGGUUCCAAAGGUGACAGGGGCCUUACGGGGCCAAAGGGCGAUUCAGGAACUGUGUCUGGUGGCAGUGCAAAAGGAGACAAGGGUACCGUAGGAGAGAAAGGAAUGAAGGGCAAUGCUGGUUUUGGUUAUCCUGGAUCAAAGGGUGACCGUGGUCCCGCUGGACCUCCAGGGCCUCCCGGUCCCCCCGGGCCCAGUGCAGAGGUAGAGGUGAGAGGAGAUGGGUCUGUUGUUCAAAAAGUGACGGGACCAAGAGGACCACCUGGACCUCCAGGACCCGCAGGCCCUGCUGGAAAUGAUGGGGAGCCGGGUGACCCUGGUGAAGAUGGAAAAGCUGGUCAAGUUGGACCUCCCGGUUUUCCUGGGACUCCUGGAAUCAAAGGAGACAAAGGAGACCGAGGUGAAAGUCAGCCAGGACCCCGUGGGCCUCCAGGGCCUCCUGGCCCACCAGGACCCAUCUCUCGCUCUGAUAGGCCUACAUUUGUGGACAUGGAGGGCUCUGGAUUUGAUAUGGACAGUGUGCGAGCAAUGCCCGGUUUGCCUGGCCUACCUGGUCCUCCUGGUCCCCCCGGCCCGCCUGGCCUUCCAUCUUCAGGCUCUGGUGGUUUUGGGCCUCCUGGUCCUCCUGGGCAAAAUGGAGCUCCAGGUCAACCGGGACUUCCAGGUCCACCAGGUACUGAUGGAAAACCAGGCUCACCUGGCCCAAUAGGAGAGAAGGGUGAUGCCGGUGAGCUGGGCCUACCUGGACCUGUGGGAGAGAAGGGCGCCACGGGUCCUGCCGGUUCCCCUGGUCUCCCUGGGCAGGGUGGGCUUGCUGGUCUUCCAGGACCAAUGGGACCCGUUGGACCACCAGGACCACCUGGUCCUCCUGGCCCAAGAUAUCACGUUGGAUUUGAUGACAUGGAGGGCUCUGGUAUUCACUUCAGUUCAGUCCCUGGGGUAAGAGGACCAGUUGGAAUUCAGGGUCCUCCUGGUAUCCCAGGACCACAAGGUAUCCCAGGAUAUCCUGGUGUGAAAGGUAGCGAAGGACUUCAGGGACAAGAUGGCCGCCCUGGUUUGGAUGGCUUCCCUGGACCACAGGGACCAAAGGGCGACAGGGGAGACAGAGGCGAGAGGGGUGAACCUGGACGAGAUGGAACUAGUUUUCCAGGUCCACCCGGCCCCCCUGGACAACCUGGACAAAUUAUUUAUCGUUAUGCUGAAAAUUAUGAUGAAACUGGAGGAGUAGGGCCUCAGGGUGGGAGUGGUGUUCCUGGUCAAGCAGGAUUCCCAGGCCCAAUGGGACCGAAAGGUGAUAGAGGAGAGCCUGGUUUACCAGGCUAUGCAAUUAAGGGAGAAAAAGGAGAACCUGGACUUAUUCUUGGACCUGAUGGAAACCCACUUUACCUUGGUGGAUUGGUAGGCCAAAAGGGUGAGAAAGGGAAUUUUGGACCAGUCGGACCUCCUGGUCCAGCUGGACCUGCUGGUUUGAAAGGUGAAUUUGGAAUGCCAGGCAGACCCGGUCGCCCAGGUGUGAACGGAUACAAAGGAGAGAAGGGAGAACCGUCGUCAGGCUCUGGAUAUGGUUACCCAGGUCCCCCUGGUCCCCCAGGACCCCCUGGUCCCCCCGGUCCUGCUGUGCCCUUGGACAGAUUUGGAAGAUAUGAAGAUUAUUCAAGGCAAUACCCAGCUACGAAAGGAGAUAAAGGAGACCAGGGAGCUCCUGGGAUUCCCGGAUCACCAGGAUUUUCCUCAAACCUUGAUAUCUAUGCCCUCAAGAAUGAGAUGAAGGGCGAGCGAGGUGAUUCCGGUCUUAAAGGAGAGAAAGGAGAGCCAGGAGGUGGAUUUUAUGACCCUCGUUUUGGAGCUGGACAGGGACCGCCAGGAAACCCAGGUCUUCCUGGACCUAAAGGAGACUCGAUCAGAGGUCCCCCUGGACCGCAGGGUCCACCAGGACCACCUGGGGUUGGUUAUGAUGGUCGUCCAGGAAACCCUGGACCUCCGGGACCCCCUGGCCCUCCGGGGUCACCGUCAUUGCCAGGAGCCUACAGACCACCACUCAGCAUUCCCGGGCCUCCAGGUCCCCCCGGCUCACCUGGAAUUCCUGGCACUGGAUCUGGGCAGGUGACUGUCAUGAGAUCUUAUGACAUAAUGUUUGCGACGGCACGCAGACAGACAGAAGGUGCUCUGAUUUACAUUUUAGACCGAAGCGAUCUCUACCUCAGAGUUCGGGAUGGUGUCAGACAAGUGAUGCUUGGAGAUUAUAAACCCUUCUAUGGAGAGCUGGACAAUGAGGUGGCAGCGGUCCAGCCGCCCCCUGUUGUUCACUAUUCCCAGGACCACACAGCCAACAAUGGAGCGGAGCAGAUUUCUCCACCGCACCAGCCGAUUGAGUUUCCAAGGAGUGAGCCAGAGAAUCGAAACCCCAAUCCGCCUGACUCCCGUUACCCAGAUCCACGAUACCCACCUUACACUGAUAACAGGUACAAUCCUGUACAACCAGAAAUCAGAUACCCUGUUCAACCUGGGAGGAACCCUAUCACUCCAGCCCGCCGUCCCAGCCCCCCUGUCAAUCAACCAGAAGGCCACACCCACACUUCCGGACCGGGGUUGCAUCUUAUUGCCUUGAAUUCUCCACAAGUGGGGAACAUGAGAGGCAUUCGUGGGGCAGACUUCCUGUGUUUCCAGCAAGCUCGGGCCGUGGGGAUGAAGGGAACAUUCAGAGCCUUCUUGUCUUCCAAACUUCAGGAUCUCUACAGUAUCGUCCGCAAGUCCGACAGAGACACGUUACCGAUUGUUAACCUCAAGGAUCAAGUCCUUUUCAGAAGCUGGGAGUCUCUCUUCAGUGACUCCGAGAGCAGGAUGAAGGACAAUGCUCCUAUGUACUCCUUUGAUGGCAGAGAUGUCCUGAGGGACAGUGCCUGGCCAGAGAAGAUGAUCUGGCACGGGUCCAGUGGCAGGGGUCACAGGCAGACGGAUAACUACUGCGAGACGUGGCGGGCCGGAGACCGUGCAGUGACAGGUUUGGCCUCAUCUCUGCAGGCUGGCCAACUCCUCCAGCAGACCUCCAGCAGCUGCUCCAGCUCCUUCAUCGUGCUGUGCAUCGAGAACAGCUACAUGGCUCAAUCCAAGAAAUAAAGCCGUCCAAAAGAGCUUUUGAACACUCAACAGAACAGUUUAUACAGGCGCUGUUUCACUCCAGUAGAUUCCUGUAUCUAAUAAAUGGAGAUUUUUUUUUUUUUUUGAAAGAACUGAGUCUGCCUUAAGGAGAAUUUGCCAGUCAUUUAUUCCCUCACCGUAACGCCAAAGAAGCUGGUUGAACGUGGAGGUGUUUGCUCUCUCUCAGGGCAUUGGCACAUAUUUUUCAGGGGGUUAAACCAGAGAAGUGAGGCCAACUAAGGCAGUGUUUUUAACUGUAUCCAUAUAAAAUUUUGUAUAUGAAUUGUUUGCCAUCUGUGUUGUUGUUUUUGGAUUUUUUGAAGAUGUCUUAAUUGGUAUAUUUAACCAAUUUUAGCUAUAUUGUUUGUGUAACUUUUUUUCCUCCCCGCUUGCCUGUACCGAUUCUAUUUUCAUCCAAGGUUUGUUGGAUACUGAGGGGCAGACCUUAUAGUUUUAGGUUUUAAAAAGAGAAAAUAUUUAUUUUGCAAUAAAGAGAGCUAAAAUAUGAUUUGAAACUAUUAAAAUAGAAUACUUUUUUCUAUUUUAGUAAGCACUUUUUUUUUUACAUACUUCCACGGAUAAAAGUGCAAGACUGAAAUAGUUAAUUGUUGCUAAAAAUGGUCGCUCUCUCGAAAAAAGCUCCAGUGGGCAAAGAGAAGAUGCCUUGAAUAAUUCAAUACUUGUCACUCAAGAGUUUUUGUACAACAAAAUUAUUUGGACAAACUUCUGUUGCAUCUAUGGGAUCACUUUGUGUGUGUGUGUGUGUGUGUGUGUGUGUGUGUGUUUUUCUUUUGUGAUUAAUGUGAAAUUACACUACAUUCUUCUUAGUGUCAUUGCUUGUUUUACUCUUCUGGUUGAUUCCAGAAGUUUUGAUAAAGCAAAGUGGAUGAUUUUUGUAACAAUUGACAAAUACUCAUGAAAAA